AACGUUUUUUGCAACUUUUCUGCAAAUCUAAAAUUAGUAAAAAAUUAAAAAUAAAAUUAUAAAAGGUACAGAACAACGUUGUUUCAUAAAGUUAAUGGUUUAUGCAUGGGAGAGACAAGGUCUUCCUGGGUUAUUGUGAGGUGUUGCUUUGUGUGUAUGGGGAAGUGUGUGUUGGGGUCCAUCUAGGCACACUCUGGCGCUGGAUUCAGUAGCUCCCAGAUCAAUCUGGAAGUGCAGCCUGGAGUAGAGACUCAGUGGGGGCGGGGAGUCAGGCAAAGGCUCCUCCCAGCCCCAGUGUACGUGUUAGCGCGGACACCUGGGUUUUCAACGAGCUCCAUCCCAGGCGGCGCUGGGAGAGAGGCACCUGUCCGACUGGGGUUCUGCCUCCGGUCGUCCUCUCCUCUGUUCGCUGCCUGGCAUGGCCCGCUGCUUGGGGCCCUUGCUGCUGCUGCUGCUGCUGUUACUGCUUCUGGGGUCGCCGAGCUCCGAGGGACGAAACCGAUGCGUGGACGCCGCCGAGGCGUGCACGGCGGACGCGCUCUGCCAGCAGCUGCGCACCGAAUACGUGGCUCGGUGCCUGGAUCGGGCCGCGCCCGGGGGCUGCCCCCGCGCCCGCUGCCGCCGCGCCCUGCGCCGCUUCUUCGCUCGCGGGCCGCCCGCGCUCACCCACGCGCUGCUCUUCUGCCCGUGCGCGGGCCCCGCGUGCGCCGAGCGCCGGCGCCAGACCUUCGUGCCCGCCUGCGCCUUCUCGGGGCCCGGCCUCGCGCCGCCCUCCUGCCUCGCGCCCCUAGACGCCUGCGAGCACAGUCGGGUCUGCAGGUGCGCGCGGGGGUGCGGGUUCGGGGGCCGGGGAGGUGUGGGGAGAGGGAGGGAGGAGGCGGGGCAGAGCCUCCCGCCCGUCCGCUCACCGCACCCCCGCCCACCGCGCAGGCCCCGCCUCCUGGCCUUCCAGGCCUCCUGCGCGCCUGCCCCUAGCGCCCCCGACGGCUGCCUGCCGGACCAGGCCCCCAGCUGCCGGCGCGCCUAUGCAGGCCUCGUGGGUACGCCGGGACGGAAUCCGGGUGCGGAGGAGGGUUUUGCUGGGGGUGCUUCCGCCUGGGGGACCGAUUACCCUCUCCUCGGGGUCCCCGCAGGCACCGCCAUCACUCCCAACUACGUGGACAACGCGAGCGCGCGCGUGGCACCCUGGUGCGACUGCGGAGCCAGCGGAAACCGGCGUGAGGAGUGCGAAGCCUUCCGGGGGCUUUUUACAAGGAACCGCUGCCUGGUGCUAUACAGGCCUUUGUCAGCUGGUGGCCCCCAAUCCUGCAGGACCAGCUCGACUCCCUCCAGGACCCUGGGCACAGCCUCCUACAGGUGUCCUCUGCAGAUGAGCCCCCGGAGGGGAGCUCCCUGUUCUUCAUGCUCCCUGUCCUGGCUCUCCAGCCCCUGCUCUGACUGCGACAGCAGACCUCGGACAAUACAGACAGCUGCCCCACCCUGCCUGGCUUUCACGGCACCCUCCCAGCUCGCCACUGCCCAUCGUGAUAGCCACCUAUGCCCCAUGACUCACGUUGGGAAAUGCUUCUUGUCCAUGAUAUGCUGCUUGGUGGGCACCACCAGGAGUGAGAAUCAAGUCUCCUGCAUUGCACUCACCAUAUGGCUGUCUUCCCCGUGGUUUAACCAGCACUAGGAAUGGCAUCCACAGCUCAAUAAACCCACAUGCACUGAGACUGACCUUGCUUUCCUGUGAUCUAUGUCUUGGGAGCCUGUGUGACCUCAGAUGGCCUCAGAACCUCUCUGGGCUUUAUCUCCUCACCUAUGGAUGCCAAACUGAAACAACUAUCAGGUCCUAGUGGCAGGGAUUUUGGUUGCUUUUGUCUAUUCCUGCUUCCCUGCUGGUACUCAGAUAAAGAAACUACAUUUCCCAGCUUCCCUUGCAGCUAGGGGGUGGUCAUGUGACAGUCCUGACCAAUGAGUGGAAUUCACAAAUGAGGCCUCCAGGAGAGCUCUUUAAACAGGAGACUUGUUGACGGGUCCCUUCAGCUUUUAGCCUCAACCCUCCUGUUUUUGCCUGGAACUUGGUGGCAGUGCCUGGGGGCAUGAGUGCCAUCUUGAAAAUGGAGCCACUGCGCCAGCCCCUUUUGGACUCUGCAUUAUGUGAGAAAAAUGAUACCUCUAACUUGUUUAAGCCAGUUUUUCCACAGGUGGCUUUUGAUUGCAGCCAAACAUAAGCCCUGAUUGAUACGCUCCCACCUCUGGGGUGCCUGGGAGCCCUGGGAUCACCUGGUACUCGGGGGCCACACCUCAGUGCUCGCAGAGCCUGGGCCUGACAGACAUUUGAAAGGAGGGGUGAUAGUGGUUUUGUUUUUUUAUUCCUGUAUAUUCUACCUAUUUCUGUCCAUGUGAACUGAAUUCUUUCCUGGAGUCAAGGGAAAUUCAUCAUAAAGGUUUUUACAAACACUCAGUGUACAUGUGUGGCCAGCGUGGACCCAGCGAAUGCCAAGGACACUGCAUUAAAUUGCAGUUCUGCAAAGGAACUUGAAGAGGAGAGGGCAGGACGA